CUUACCCGUGAUGCUUAGCGAGCCCAAAUUGAACGGUCGGCAGAAAGAAAAACAGUCUGUGUCUUAGAUGCUCCGGUUUUUCACAAUAAAACGCACAAAAACAACAACACUGCGACUGGAAUUGACGCCGCUGGGACGAAUAAUUCAACGGCGCGCAACGGGAAGAGUUUAUCGGGGCACGGCAUCAUGGAUCAGGACUAUGAGUGCAGGCUGCUCAGGCAGAUCAACAUCCAAAAUGAGAAUGCAAGCCCCAUAAAAGCUGUAGGAGCAGUGCGAGCUCUGACACCCACCAGCUCCCCCCUGUCCUCUCCUAGCAAGCAUGGUGAUCGUUUUAUUCCCUCCCGGGCUGGAGCCAACUGGAGUGUCAACUUCCACCGCAUCAAUGAAAUUGAAAAGUCGCACAAUCAAAACAGGAAAACCAAAGAUGGCACAACAGACAGCAACAAAGCGGAUGGCCUCGCUUAUUCAGCUCUGCUGAAGAACGAGCUGCUCGGAGCGGGCAUCGAGAAAGUCCAGGACCCCCAGUCAGAAGACCGCCGUCUGCAGCCGUCCACUCCUGCCAAGAGGAGCCUUUUUAGUUAUUCUGUAAGUGCUAAGAGGGCUCUGCCAGAAGAGGAUGGAAAUACUGUCUCUCCAUAUUCUUUAUCACCUGUCAGUAGCAACAGCCAGAAACUGUUGCGGUCGCCAAGGAAACCUACGCGCAAAAUAUCCAAAAUUCCCUUCAAAGUCCUUGACGCUCCUGAGCUUCAGGAUGACUUCUACCUCAACCUAGUGGACUGGUCCUCUCUGAAUGUGCUCAGUGUUGGAUUGGGUACCUGUGUCUACCUGUGGAGUGCGUGCACCAGCCAGGUGACCCGUCUGUGUGAUCUUUCUGUAGAAGGAGAUUCUGUAACAUCAGUGGGCUGGUCGGAAAGGGGCAACCUGGUAGCGGUGGGGACUCAUAAAGGGUAUGUACAGAUUUGGGAUGCAGCUGCAGGGAAGAAGCUCUCUGUACUAGAAGGACACACAGCAAGAGUGGGUGCGUUGGCAUGGAAUGCAGACCAGCUGUCAUCUGGGAGCCGCGAUCGGGUGAUCCUGCAACGCGACAUCAGAGCCCCGCCUCUCCAGUCAGAGCGCCGUCUCCAAGGACACAGACAGGAAGUCUGUGGGCUCAAGUGGAGCACGGACCACCAGCUGCUAGCCUCGGGUGGAAAUGAUAACAAGUUACUUGUGUGGAACCACUCGAGCGUCCUCCCGGUGCAGCAGUACACAGAGCACUUGGCUGCAGUGAAGGCCAUCGCCUGGUCCCCACACCAACACGGCCUGCUUGCUUCAGGAGGGGGCACCGCCGACCGCUGCAUCCGCUUCUGGAACACUCUGACGGGCCAGCCCUUGCAGUGCACGGACACCGGCUCUCAGGUCUGCAACCUGGCCUGGUCCAAGCAUACUAACGAACUGGUCAGCACACAUGGUUAUUCUCAGAACCAGAUCCUGGUUUGGAAGUAUCCCUCUCUCACUCAAGUGGCCAAACUUACUGGACAUUCCUACAGAGUACUCUACCUGGCCAUGUCCCCUGACGGAGAAGCCAUCGUGACAGGAGCCGGAGAUGAAACACUUCGGUUCUGGAACGUCUUUAGCAAGAUGAGAUCCACAAAGGAAUCUGUAUCAGUCCUGAACCUAUUCACCAGGAUCCGGUAGUAAGAACACCUCUGUACUACGAGGGAGGCCAGGAAGGGAAUGUAUCUUUGCAUGUUUCAGACUGUAAAUGGGCCCCCUUCUUUGAGUAUUCACCUCAGUAGUCUACAGAGGGCCCCCUGGAUUGCCCUUAGUCUUUUUUAGCCAAUUGUAGCUGGAGGUGGGAGGGAGCUGGAAAGGUUCACAGCCUGAGUGUCGAGAGCAGAGGAGAUGCAAACAUUAAGUACAUACAGUAUUCCACUUCCUCCUGAAUGAUGGAGCCACUGUCUCCACCAACAGACCAGUGAUCUCUGUGACGAGGAGAAUUCUGGGAGGCAUUUCUCGCCCCAUGUGAUUGUUCUGUUUACAGACUGAUUUGUGCUUACCUGCCAAAUAUUGAGUUUGUCUUUUUGAUUGUCUAUUUAUUUUGUUUUUGCUUUUUUUUUUUUUACAUCAUUUUUAACAUAUAACAUACUCGUGUGUUUGUUUCGGAGGUCGGUCAAAUUUUCUUUUUAUGUGUGUAACUGCGGCUUUUGGUUUUAUCUGUGGAGUAUGUUUAAGCCUCGCCGGGGUUUUCAGAAAAAAAAGACUAGCUUGUUUUUUUUUCUUUUUUUUAUUUUACAGAAAGAAAAUGUUUCAUGUACACUGAUAACAGAUAACAUAAUCGUGCCGUUCGAGAGCUGUUUAAAACGGCCAGAUUGGACAAAUGAUUCUGAUCUCCUUUUUAAAAAAAAUCUGACAUCUGAUUACUUAAUUUUAGUCUAACAAUUGACUAAUAUCAAACAGCAUUGGCUCAUUAUUUCAUAAUCUCUCAAGAAAAAUAUUGUCAUAGCAUUCGGCACAUCUUAAAAGAAAAUAACUAAACACUGCACAUUAGAACAACUGCUUCCAAAGGAAAAGAUUGUAACGUGACUUGUGUUGAAGCUUUCACUCAUUUAGUUUCUUUUCUUUUAUAGAAAAUCAGACAAGUAAAGGUAAAACAUGUUGGUUUAUCAGUGUAGUUUAUAACAACACAUAAAGCACACAGUAAAAAACAUUUGGGAUUAAAUCAGAGUGAAAUGCUGUUCUGUGCUUUGCGCUGCGUGUCUGCUAAGAUAUUCAAGCUCGGGGCACUUGUCUUUUGCUACUUUAGACCGUUUCUGUUUCAAGCAGUCGUGCUGUUGUGUUUUUGUUUUUAAAUCUGAUUUCAUAUCAUCUGCAACAUUUUCGCCCAUUACCCUGUUUGAAUGUUUGAGUCAACUAGCGUGCCACAUUUAAACCAGUGCUAUUUAUUUGUGUUGUGUACAAAGGUUGUUGUACAGAAAUGGCAUGUUUUGUUUACUAAUGUUAUCCGAGGGAAGCUGAUGGGCAGUUUUACUGCGAAACUAUAGAAAUUUUCUUUUAAUGCCACUUAAAAAUCAAGACGAUGCUGCCAACUUGAAUUACAGAAAGAAUGUUAAAGAGAAAAAUAUUUCUGUACUGAGAGAUAAUCAACAAUUAAAAUGAUCAUAUCUUGUACCAUA